UGUGGAAGGGAAAGGGGUGGGUUGGGUUGGGGUUGGGGUUGGGUUGAGAUUGGGGGCUGGAGAACAGAGAGAGAGAGAGAGACACACACACACACACCAACACACAGAUUGUCCACUAGAGUCGAUGCUGCUGCGUUCAGCAUUAAAACUGACAAAAAAUCUAUCCUGGAUGAUGGGUGCGAGUAAAUCGAAACCCAAGUUGUCUUACCCGUUCCUGGAAGAUGUUGCCACCAUCAGCGCAGUCAAAGAUUCCAAAGUCCUCUUCAUCCUGCGAGGCCUGCCAGGCAGUGACAAAUCCACCAUCGCCAAUAACAUUUUGAAAAAGUAUGAAUCGCUAUCCGUUGUCCUUUCCGCCGAAUCGCACCAGAUCUCACCCUUCGAGAGCUCCACUGAGGGAAGCGACGAGCGGUACGCGAAACUGGAUGAGGAGAUUCAACGUGAGCUCAAAGCUGAGAAGGGUGUCGUGGUGGUUGACGACACCCAUCACACGAGGAAACGCUUGAAUUAUCUCUUUGAUUCCGCCAAAGAGUUCUGCUAUACUGUGGUCAUCGUCCAGGCUAACAAUGAAUGUGGCAAUCAAUGCUCUGCUCUCGCCAGUAAGAACCACCCAAAGGCAUCCAAGGAUCAGCUGGAGGCCAUGAAGGACCACCUGGAGCUGCCUCUGAUACCCUAUUACUUUGGCUGGUUCUUGACGAGGGUAUCAGCGAAGCAGCUGGACCAGACCGGCGAGCAUUUUCUGGAACAACUCGCUGAGCGACGAGAAUUUUUAGAAGAAUUUGUGAAAUAUAUCGACUCAGAUGCCAAAGAAAACUUUAAUUUGCAAGAUUAUUUCCAGAAGAAGCCAAGUAUAUUGCACUGCACCACAAAAUUCUGUAAUUUUGGACAAGAACCAAACUGCGAAACGUACAUCAAAACAAAGGGCAUUGAAGAACAGUUGUCCAAGGCUUUUCAUUUGAAAAUCACAGACCUGUUCAUCACACCUCGAACAGUCGGGGCACGUGUAGUACUGACAGAAAAACAGCUUUGCUUGUGGCCAACGGACGAAAAUGAGUCCAAUGACAAAGAGGGAAUGAAACUACCCCUUGGCUCAAGAUCCCAUAUCACUUUGGCAUGCGCUCCUCACAUAAAGGCAGUACAGACAGGACGAGAUUUGCUUGAGUUUUUACAGUUGGAAGCGUGCAAAGCUCAGCCCAGUUUUCAUACCCCUGUGGAGGGAGGGGAGCUUUUGUGCUAUGAUGAGGGCAGAUGGAUACUCCAUCUCUCUAAACACAUUGAGGUGAAGAGCAUAUUCUCUGGGUCUUAUCAUAAUAAAACUGCCAACUGAACUCAGUGAGGUUUAGAUGGAAAGAGAAGGACAUAUUCUUGUGAGAAGACCUACUGGUUGGCUCACAGUUUUAUAGCCAUUCUGUAGCUAUCAAACCGACAGGCAAAAUUAAGACAACCAAUUGAGGAAGGAUUUGGAAAGCUAUUUGACAAAGAAAUCAAUGUGAGAGAUAAGUCUCUUAGGAUUUUAGUUUUGCCUUAGGACUUGCGGAUGGGUCUGUUAUGUACCUUUGUAACUCGCUUGAAAAUGAAUUAAUUGUUCUAAUGAAAGUAGAUCCACUUCCUCCAGUCUGCUUAUAGUAUAAGUUAAAUCUGUAGUUUGCUUUAAGUAUGUGAUUUAAUAAAGGGACACUGACCUUCGAAGUAAACAGCAUUUUACAAUUCGACUUAAAUGAUGUGAUUUAAAAGCAAAGUAAAAAGAAAAUCAGUUUAGUGUUACAAUUCUAGAUUUGCAGAGUUUAGUUUCUUUAGUUAGAUUGUAAGUAUUUCAGGUUCUUGCUGUAAAAGACUUCAGCUUCUGAACUAUAUAAAGCAGCUAAACAUCAGACAAAUGAGCAGUUGCAGCCAGAAGAUGAUGCUAAGCGGUUUCAUUUACUUCUGCUUUUUCGCUGUGCUUGCAUUUAAAAACCACCUGUAUUUAAAUCUCUUGAUUUCUCCAUCUACUUCUGAGUGUAACACAAAAUGUAACAUAGAAAAUUUUCUCUUGUUUUGUUGUGAUUAUUAGCUGUUUUUCACUGUAUACCAGGCCCCGAUUAUGGUCUGGUGAAAAGUUUGCUCAGAUUCAAUUGUAAACAUUUAUUAUAUUAGAAUAGUACGCUUUCAGUAAAUAUGAAGCUUUGUAUUCUGUUACUUGAUAGGAUCCAUUGGCUAAUAAUAACAUGGGUGAAUACCACUUAAGAGCUUAUGUGUGUGCAUUUGAAAGAUAACACAUUAAAUUUGCUCAAUUGUAUGUUUGGGCUAUUUUUUUCUUUACAUCCUGAUAAAGGUCGACCUUGGUUUCUGUACUACUUUACUCUUUAUGUAGUUAAAAAAAUCCACCAAUAAAAUAGUUGAAACUAA